CAUCAUCCAACUUUAUUGACUUGUCAUCAAAUCACGUGACCGCUUUAUAUAAGUCAGUAGGCCUACACGUGCUCUGGCGUCAUGUUUGACGGUGAAGCAGAUGUCAGUAUAAAAUAAUAACCUUUUCUUUCCUUUCUUAUUUUUUCUCUCUUCCAUUUCUUUUCUUUUAACUACGGUGAUUACAUCACAGAACCGCAGCGUCACAGUAAACCACUGAGUUCAGAUGCUUCACUCUGUGACAAGUGGCUAUUCAACAAGACAACACUGGUUUGGUUUCGGCGUCCAGAAAUGUUUGCAGCAACAAAAUGUCAUCAUCUCCGCAUUACCUUAGUGACGGCCGGCCUGAUGCCACUUUUAUACCCCUGCACUUCAACUUUGGCGUUCAUGCUGCACAGUCCCCCCCGCACUGGCUUUGUCCUUUAUUUUCUCCCACUAUAGCUGGGCUGGUGGGAAAGAUGCGGAGACAGAGGUGUGUGAGGGAAUGAGGUGUGCAAUUAGGAGCACAAUGUAACGCCCUUGCGUUGACUGCCGAAGAGGAGAGUGGUGCGUUGUGGAGUGUGUGGAUUGACCAAGAGCUGGACAAGAAGAGGAGAGAGAGAGAGAGGGAGAGAGAGGGGGGAGAGAGGGUGCAGGGGGGAAUCACUCAAGAUGCCUCGUUUUAGCGUAAUUUGUCCUGCAGACUGUGCCCUUCCGGCGUUUUGAGGGCUGCUGUGAACCGAACGAGAGAGAGAGAGGCAGAGAGAGAGAGAGAAGGAGAGAGAGAGAGGCAGAGAGAGAGAGAAGGAGAGAGAGAGGCUGGCCGGCUACGCUAUGCUGCCUGACCCUGCUGUGUUGUGAUAGCGUUGUCCGAUUGUUUGGAUUGAGGAAGGCUCUCAUCAACCCAAAUCAAUGAGGAUUCUGAGGCCAUUCCUUCAGAAAGGAGCGCAUAUGCUGCAGUGUUUCUGUGGACAACGAUCGAAGUCGACCACUAUCACCAACGGUGAGGAGACUGACACAUAGCAGCAUAGCUUCAUAGGCUACCUUUGCAUGCUUUCCCCCUUUGAGUGAUUAAAAAAAAGAAAGAAUAAAAAAAGGAGAAAGGAGGGGAGAGGAGAAAGAGGUGAGUGGCUUCAUCGCUCGUUGGAUGUGUGAGUACCAUCUUUCGAGUCUGCAGUGGAGAGAGUGUCUCUCUCCCCCCUUGUGGUCCCUCGCAUCUGUCCCGAGUUUUGUGUGCAGUCCUCGGCAUGUCGCGGUUAUAGCUGCUGGCAGUCAUUAACAAGCCGCACUAGUCCAGCGAGGAGUGAGGCUCUCCAGAUGACCAGACCGAGCUGAAUCUGUAGGCGACAGUGUUCCAGUGCUGCAUCCGUAGCGGGCCAAAAAUGGGACAAUGCAGGGACCAAGUCAUUAAACUUUAGGGGCCUGGGAAAGAAAGCCUCGUUUGUAGGGCCCCAAACAAGCUGCGUCCAGCUGCGUCCAGCACCAUGGACAGCGACACAGCACAAUUGCGACGCAUGACACAGGCUCCCAAACUUUUCUUGUUGGUAUUUUUUGCUUUUUUAAACCACAUUUCUCUCGAGUGUGGUGACACCACAGGUUUCACUUGCAGACACAGAGUUCACAAUGAGUUUUAAAAGUACCUUAGUACUUUACCGAACUAAUCCUUGUCCUUCAAAGAUGAUGCGUUAUUGUCCUUUGUGCUUCUUCUUUCACGUCUUAACAUCUUACAGUCAUACACAUAUCAUUUAUUGUCAAAACCCGAAUUGUUUUAAGCAGCAAUGUGCCUAAAUAGUUGGCUUGCAGUGUAACAUUUUGGGCUUAAAUUAGUUUUAGAAUACAUAUUAGUAUUGGAUACUUCCAAAAGUCUCCAAAAGUACUUGAUUGUAGUUUAUUUUUAAUGGUAGUUGGCCUUUAGACAUGUUGUAUUAACUCUUCCUGUUGUUGCUUCUUUUUGUUACUGACUUUUCUUCUUGCUCCUUUUUAUCUCUUUUUUCUCCUUCAUUUUGUGUGUUAAACAAGACUUUCUGAUACGACUGCUACAAUUAUGACUUUUAUUAGUGUCUAACUUCUUGAAGUAACUUGCAGCUUCACAUGGUCUCAUCCAAACAUACAUUCUUCUUGUACUUGUGUGUUGUCCUUCUACUUCAUACUGGCAGUAUCUUACUGAUCAUCAAGAUCAGUUCCAUCCAUCCAUCUGACAUAGAGCAGCCUUUAGCAGUAAAUUAUUUCCUGUACCUUUGUAUUGUAACACUGUAUUAUUGUUUGUGUCCUUCUCUUGCUUGAAUGCUUUCUUGUGGUUUAGAAGUAGGAUAAAAACAUUUUUAAAGAUUUUUUGCACUGUUAUCUUUCCUUGUUUUUUAAUCCAUCAAAACCAUCUGUUCUGUUUCCUUCUCUUACACCUUUCAUUCAACAUGUAAAUUUACAAAGAAUCAACAGAUUAUCUAAUCCCACCUUUUUCACAACUUUCAAACUAACUUUUUUUCUAUUCAGUCUUGCACCACCAUUUUUUUUUUCACCUGUAUGUUGCCACAUUAAAAACUAACCUGUGCAUUCGGAGGAAGAUUGAAACACCGUUUCUCUCUUUUCCAUCACAUGCAGUUUGUAAUAUCUCUCAGAGUGUCAGCUGGAGCAGCUUUCAAAUUCAGGGCAGAUAAUUAGAAACUCCAUUAAGCACAGUUGAUUCCUCUGAGAUAGUUGGACCAAAAGCAGCAUGCACACUGGGAUCACACUGAUAUAAAGCACAACCAGUCCUUUCCCUGCAUCACUGUUCACUUACAUGAAACUCAGUCCAAACUUUGUGAGUCAGCUCCUUCCUACAGACCAAAAAACAAAAGAAAACCCCUUAAUACCUGAAACUUUUUCAGUGGAAGAUGUCUGGCUCAUAUACUCAUAUACAUGUUUUACUCUUUGUCACGACGCAGUUAACUCAAUUUACAUUUACACAAUAUGGCAACAGCCAGUGUUAGCACUGUUUUACAUUAUAUUAUAUUGAUUUACCUAAAAAAAAAGGAUAAACAAAAAAAGGACAGACAGAAUGAAAAAAAAACAAGCUGGUUUAGGUGACUUUGUGAUCACUUCAUGGUUGUUGUUGUUGUUGUUAAACAGGCCUUACAUCAUUUUUAGAUUUUCACACACCUCUGGUUGAAAUUUAUUAUAAAGGUCAGAGCAGAAAGGGCAGCCUGAUUUGAAAUGACUGGAGGCAGUAAGUAAGCACUAGUUUACCACAAGGGAGGCAUACAGUAUAUUGCCAAGAGGUAACAUGAACCGGGAUUGUAAUGCGGCAAAAACCGGUAUGAUGCAGUUUUCAAGGUUAUCCAGGAAUUACCGGAUCUGUCAUCUUUUGAAAUUCUCCAAAUUUUUGUGAAUCUCAAGGACGCACUGAGACAUUCAACACCCGAGACUGGAGUCAGUUUCUGUCUUGAGCACGGCAGUUAACUCGUGUGGCCACAAGAGAGCAGCAGAGUUGCACAUAUUCCUAUGCAAUAAAGCGCGUCUGUUGGCUUUGACAGCUUUUGGUUUAAUUUUCAAACCUUGUUUUAAGGUGUUUCACAUGGAAUAGUAGUCUGAUAAUAGUCUGCUACAACGAACUCCUUCGAUGUGAAAUCUAUUUUAGUGUAUCAUUUAAAUGGUUGUCACACAUUACUGUCUGCAGCAGCGUCUUUUCACUUGUGGCCAUAUCUCUGCUGGAGUGACGUGAGCAUCAAUUGUGAGCUGUGGUAGAAGCUGGAUGGAUGGAUGGUCGGAUGGAUGGAUGGAUGGGAGAACCUCAUUAGGGAAUACUUUAUCUUUGUCUGACAGAGGCUGAGUCUUAUGACUCUGGAUGCCUCAAAGUGCCUCCCAGUCUCAUGUCAUAUGAGAGACCACAGGCAGGACGAACACUUUUGUAUUCCUGCAAACUGUACGGGCUGGAGGGAUGAAUAUUGUAUGGUGGCUUUUAUACAUGCUGCAGGGUUAUAUUUAGUUGUUUUUUUUACAAUUUUCUAGAAACUCAGUGUGAAUGGCAACCUUUAUCACACACAGAGCUAGAGUAUUAAACGCUUGUUAAAUCACGUUGGUGUUUGUGCUGCAAGAGGAGAAAAUCCUAAACCAUACCCCCGUGUUCUCUGUCAUACUGUCAAAAGAAUCUGAGGUGAAAAAAUAAGCUUUUAAAUGUUUCAUGUUUUGUCAGGGGAGAAGGAGCGGUUGGCUGUGCUGUUGGCUGCUCACGUGUUCUCAGCUGUGUGUGUGUGUGUGUGUGUGUCUGUUUGUGUGAGAGCAAGAGAGAGAGAGGGAGAGAGAGAGAGAGAGUUCUUCUGCACCUCCACAUUAUUUCAAUAAUAGACAUGAAUCUUAAGGCAUGCCUUCAGGAAAUGGGACACAUGCCUACUCUCUCUCUCUCUCGCUCACACAUGCAUACACAUGUCGUGUGUGUGUACUCCAGCUGUGGUGAAAACAGAGCAGUUUGCUCACACCAGUCACCAGAUGUGAUGUUCUGUGGCAGAAACACAUUUGUAUUCAUCACCAAGCACUGAAUUCAACAGCAGUUUCAGUGUGAACAGCGUUUCUAAUCCCAGAAAUAUUAUGCUGAUGCUGGGUCUUAUAAUUGUCUCAAAUGUGCAUGCAGCACCUGUACUUUCUUUACGUUGCACCUACGCUGUGGUCGGUCGGCCAGCAUCACUGUUGAUUUCUGUUGAUACCUGUUGCAGAUGCAGUCGUACACGUAUGUCGAGGUGUUCCUUUAGGAAAUAUAAAGUAAUUUCUGCAGUGUUGUGGCACAUACAUCACUUCCUUUACCACCUGCAUAUAAUUUGAUGAAAUGAUUUAUUAAUUUAAAACCCAAUAUACUGUAUAUAAUAAAGAUCUUAAAUGUUAUAUGGAGCUGUACACCUCCAAAAUGUCUUGGUCUUCUACCGGACAGAGGGCAUCUUGCACCCACAAUAUGAUUUUAAAUAAUUUUUUGGCCUUAAAAUCUGCUCAUAUUUAAAAAAAAAAAAUCUGAGAUACAUAGCUUUAAUUUUUAAAUGAUUUUAAGCUUUACCAUCUGAGACGUCCCCUUGUACUAUACCUUUAAGCUGUGCUCAUUAUCUCUGUUACAUAUUUAAACAGGCCUAAUGAUUAUUACGGCCAAAAUGUGUUAUAAUAUGAUAUGAUAUUUCAUCUGCUCCUUUUUGCAUCUAAGAUUUUAGUGGGUGAACAUCUAAAUAGGACAAAAGGCCCAAAGUCACAAUCCUUCAUCUUUACAAACAUCCAUCAGGCCAGUUACAUGUCCUCUCCUGUUGUACAACAUGUUUUAUUCAAUUUUUUUUUUUUAUCGGGGUGUCUGUGAUCAUUUAUCAUUCCUCUUAUAUCGCCCAUGAGAAUUCCUAAUACGAUCACGUAUGAUUGCGUUAGAAGAGUUGGAGAAGGAGAGAGAGAGAGAGAGAGAGAGAGAGUAGUGUGUGCUAGGGAAACAGAGAGAAAGUGAGAGCAAGUGUACGUGUGUGGCGUGUGUGUGUGUGUGAAAGAGAGAGAGAUAAAGACAGGGAGGGAGGGAAGAAGGGAGAGAGAGAGAGCGACAAAAAGGGGGAAAGAGAGAGAGAGAGAGAAAGAGAACCCCAUGGACCGUGACAGUUAACUCCAGCUGUCGGCACUGUUACAAACCGACAGCAUCCAUUCAAGACUGGAGCAGAGAAUUUGCAAAGCCUUUUUUAAAAAAAAAAUCAUUUGUGAACUACAACAAACAGAACUCCGGCGGCCACAUCGUCAACUAAUUGUUGCAUUCCAGACGUGAAUCCCUCACUGGAGAUUUAAAUCACAUCUCUGCAGCAUCCUUGCACAGAAACCUCUGCUACCGAUUUCCCCCCUGGCUGCUUUUGUUGCCGUCGUCGGAAGCGGAGGAGACUGAACUCGGACAUUUGGACAUCCAGAUCAACGAUGCACCAUGCCAUUCAUCCUGUGGGCUGAAUAAUUGGGGAAGAAAAAAAAAAGUUGGGAUUCAUUCUCCUGCUACACACGACCGUGUUAUGGAUGGAUCUGGGUUGAUGCGAGUGUAAUGUAAAGGCGUCAGGAAGCCAGUGAGGAGGCUGCUGAGGCAGCUGAGACACGGCGCUGUUCACCUGGAGUACCUGGAGCUGUCCACUGAAGCGGUGCUGAAUCAACUUACACUAACACUGUUGCUUAUUUUCCACCUCUGAUAUGUGGAGCUCGGCGGGCUCAGACGCACAUGUGAUUCCCUCAUAGGCUGGGGUUAGUGGCUGUUGAUUUCUACCAGCGCAAACUUAACACCCUCCCUGCCACCCCUCCCCGAAGAGGAUGCUACCUGACGGCGCAGGAAUGAAGCUGUGAACUCUGACGGUUUCAUGAUCAGGAUGACAUUUGGGUGAAAAACACUCGUGGCUCAAAAGGACCAGAACAGACGCUUUGGUUGCGCUUCACGCCAAGACAUAAGCAGCUGCGCCAAAACCCGCACCAGACUGCCGAACUAGACUCUCGGGGUUUUCACAGUCUCGGUUCGGGGAGAUGGCUGCGAUCGCCAGCUCCCUGAUCCGUCAGAAACGUCAGGCGAGGGAAUCGAACAGCGACCGGGUCUCCACUUCGAAGCGUCGCCCCAGCCCCAGCAAAGACCCUCGCUCUCUAUGCGAGAGGCAUUUCUUGGGGGUUUUCAGCAAAGUCCGUUUCUGCAGUGGCAAGAAAAGACCAGUUCGGAGGCGACCAGAUGCACCCUCCAAACCUCCACAGGUGUCCCAUAAGGGCUGCAGGCUAGAGCCGCAGCUGAAAGGCAUCGUGACACGACUGUUCAGCCAGCAGGGUUUCUACCUGCAGAUGCAGCCGGAUGGAACCAUCGACGGCAGCAAGGACGAGAACAGCGACAACACUCUGUUUAAUCUUAUUCCUGUGGGUCUGAGAGUGGUGGCAAUUCAGGGAGUGAAGAGUGGCUUCUACAUCGCCAUGAAUGGCGAAGGCAUGCUCUACAGCUCGGAGAUGUUCACGCCAGAGUGCAGGUUUAAGGAGUCUGUUUUUGAGAACUACUACGUGAUCUACUCAUCCACUGUGUACCGUCAGCAGGAGUCAGGCCGAGCCUGGUUUCUUGGCCUCACCAAGGAGGGACAAGUCAUGAAGGGCAACCGAGUCAAGAAGACAAAGCCCUCAUCGCACUUUGUGCCCAGGCCCAUAGAAGUUUGUAUGUACAGGGAGCCAUCACUGCAUGAGAUACAGGAGGACAAGCAUCGCUCCCGAAAGAGCUCAGGGACUCCCACUAUGAAUGGAGGGAAAGCCGUCAAUCAGGACUCCACAUAACAUUGAUGGGAGGGGCUUCUACUAGUGGGGCGUGGCCUCAUCCAGCUUCAGAGAAGAAGGGCCACUGGAAAAGUCAUUGUCCACGAGAAAUAUACCAUCAUGGCCUCUGAAACAACAGAGGGUGUUGUGACGACACCAAGGGGCUUCGUAAUACUGUACAAGACAAAAACUGAACUUUUGCCUGUGAAAUACUUUUAGAUGAAUUAAUAUAAAACCAAUCAUGUAUAUAUAUAUAGAGAGGUAGAUAGAUAUAAAGCAUAUCUAUCUAUCUAUAUAUAUAUAUGUGUAUGUCUAUAUAUAUGAGAAGAGCAUUAUUUUCAAACAGGACUUGACCAAUAUUUUAUGCAAAAAAGCUGUGAUAAAUGAAGAAUGGUGGUCUCUCUCUUCACACGAAUACAAAUAUCUAUCAUUUUCAACGUAUGCUGUGAAAAACGAGCUUUAAUACUCAUUCAAUUUUCAUAUACAGAUUUUGUCUUAACGCUAUUGCACUCCCAUACACUGUGCCUCUUUUGGCAACUGUGUCAUUCAAUGACCCCAUGUUUUUUUUUUUUUUAGCCUAAAACACAAUUUUCAUUUGCUCUUGUUUUGUUUUGCAUCUUUUUCUUGUAAUAUAAUCUUGGUUAUGAAGGUUGGAGUGAAUGUAUUUGAUAGUUCUCCUGGUUGGAGUCCAACUGAAUCAGAGUGAUCACAGGACAGGAUGUUCUCUACUCAGGUGUGUACUGUAUGUUAGACUCAUGAGAAUGAUGGACAGAUGGGGCUUCCCCAUGUUGUCCUACUGCGAAAGUCAGGACUGGAACAAGCAAUAUAACAGAUAGCCGUCUCGUAUGUAUCUGGAUUAUUUUGAAUAAGAUGACACUGUAUCUCCAUGACGGGCGCGUAAGUCAGUGAAGAAGACCGACUGAGAAAGUUGUUAAAGGAGGUGAAAGUCUGAUUUGAGCUGUUUUGAUAUAGCCUCAGUUUAGUUCUUAGCGAGGAUUGUUAGGUUUUAGCAAUAGAGACGUCCGAACUUGUGAAAAACGACAAAGAAACCUGUUCUCUCUGCAGGUUGAGAGGAAAAUAAAGACCAGCAGCAGCACUGUAUGAGCCAUGGCCCAAAAGGUCAUUUCACAUUUGCACCGCGAGACCCCUUUUACUCUGCUGUUAGUUCAGCUACACCAACAACUGUAACGAUAUUACAAUAACCAACGCUUUGGCAGCAUAUGGACAAAUUAUUGUUGAUCAAAGACGUCUUCCGCUUUUUUUAAGGAAGGUAAAGGUUGGACGUUGUUACGACAGACCCAGCAGUUAAAGAGUUCUAUGAUUUCUGCGUAUUAUUGCUAAAGCAUUAGUGUUUUCUUCAGCAGACUUCACCACCUGCACGACUGUUCAUUUAUCAGCUGAUCUAUAUCCGAUGUAAGGUCUGGGAGUCAGACCUUUUUAUCACAGUUGAAGCAAAGCAGUUCACCCAGUAGCCAGACUGCAGAAAGGCAAGGUGGCAUCUCACCAUUUCGUUUUCCUUCACUUGAAUAACAUCCCCCCCUCCGACCCCACCCGUUCGUUCCCUGACCCCUGAAACGAGCCCUUUGCAUCGUUGUGGAGGAACGCUUCCCUGCUCACAGGGCUGUGUAGACAAGGUGAAUCGUCUGGUACGCUGCACAUGGCACUGUACACACUGCAUAACUCAUUCUUAAUCUCCACUUAGCUUGUCUAACUCAGGAAGUCCUUCGGAGGGGGGUGAGAUGUACAGCAAUGGCUGACCGAUCGCCAUUCAGCGCUCAUCGCACAAAUCCUGGCCACUGAUGUGGUGUUUAAUGACGUCAGGCCGGGUCGAAGAUGGUGUACAGCCAAGUGUAGCCAAUAGGAAAGUUUAAAAAGUGGGUUGUCUGAAGAGGCCUGACAAAGCAUGAACACUGCAUGAUUGUAAAAGCUGACGUGAGCUUUGUUUGUUUCCUUUAGGUGGAAGCAGCUAAACGAUUGUUUUAAAUUUCUAACAAAUGGGUUCAAGACCAUUUUUAUGUGUUAUUUUAGUCAGUAUUUUGUUUUUUUUCAGAGAGAGAGUAUAUGUGUCUCUCUAUCAACUGGUUGGAAGUUUUAUGCUGGGUUGCUGGUACAUACAGUAAAUAGCACAUACUUAGAUGCACAGAGCAAACUGCAGUGAUUUAUCCUCAUAUAUUUGGGAGAAUAUUCCACCCGGGCACAGGUGGCAACUAACCUGUAAGAGCCAGUGGUAGACUAGUUCAACCUCCGACAUCAUCUUAACAGCAUUACAGUGAUACAUAUAGUAUGUUUGACUACUGUGAAAGUCAACAGGCAAGACCAGCAUAUAUCAGUAUCUUUUUAUAUACAGGUUUAUAUUGGUGCACAUGAGAUACAUGUGGAUUUAAAGCAAUGCAUGAAAAUUGGAUGUACUGUACAGGAUCUCAACUGUGGCAUCGGAAUGAAAGGAUUUCAGCAAAAAGAUGAAUAAAACAUGGGUGUAAAAUAGUGGGCCGGAGGGGAAAAAAUGAAAAGAAAAGCACUUUUUUUGGCAGGAUUAUUGAUGCGUGAAAGGACGAAGCGAAGAAUGUGAUUGUAUUUGGUAUGGAGGAUAAUUUGUUACUUUUAUGUUUGCAGAACACGCUCAUAUAUGCAUUACGGAUUGUGAGAUGAAAUUAAAAAUAUGCAUUGAUACAUAAAAAAAAAUCAGAAUGAAGUUAGUGAUUGUUUAAGAAUAAAGACUAUGUUAUCAAA